AUGAGCCUAACAACAGAAGCGAAUGACAGUUACAAACAGGAUGCCAAGUUGCUUCGAGACUUGCUCGAUACCGAAGAUGCGUUAGAAUCUCCGAUCGAUUUAGACAUUGGCCGUAUGACAAUUAUCGAGUUGGAUCCAUUGAAGUGGAUCGGUAUUGAUGUAGCACCGAGAAAAUUGAAACUUACUAAUACAGGAUUAACGGUAAUUUUGAGCGCGAAAUGGCCGGAUGGACGUCCUUAUCUUUCCGGAGGACCGUACGAAGGAAACUAUGUGUUUGCGCAAGUUCACUUUCAUUGGGGAGAGAAUGAAAUGAAAGGCAGCGAACACUCUGUGGAUGGUGCAAGUAUGGCCAUGGAACUGCAUGUUGUGUAUUUCAAGGAAGAAUACGAAACAUUAGAAUUGGCACUUCGACGACCCAGUGGCGUUACUGUUUUGGUAAUAACACCACGAUUGUACCUAGUUACAGGAUGA